AUGGGCUUCGAUAAUCUAAUGAUGAAGCUGGACGAGACCGUCACAAGUGUCCUUGGUGAAUGGGACAUCUACUCUACAGCCCUCUUCGCAGUCGUCUUAUCGGCCUUCAUUUACCAAGUAUUUACAGCUCGCGACCCAGACGCCCAUCCUAUGCUACUUGCGCGGCAGGCACAGGCUUCUCCAGUUCGACAAGAAGGAGAAUCUGCCGUCUUCAGAUCCCACUCUUCCCCUCAUGGCAUUCCGUUGAAUUCCGGGCUGAAUGUCAAAGACCCGGGAGACUCGAAAUGGGCAAGAGGCCGAGAUGGAGACCUCAGAGACGUUUGGAGAAGGGCUGUUGCCGGAGGCCUAGACCGAGAUGGAAAGGAGACUGGCGAAGUCGGAAAAUUGCUAACAGUGCUGGGCUCUGAGCAGGUCGUUGAACAUGAUCUGUCUGAUAUUACCCGACAAAUCAACCUCAUCGGACAGAAUAUCAAGCAAGCUGGUGGAAGGAAUGUCGCUAUUUACCUCCCUAACUCGAUCGAGUUUCUUGCAACUCUGUUUGCAUGCGCCUUCUAUGACUUAAAUGUCACACUUGUACCCUACAACCAACCCAUCGAAAAGAUCAUCUCAUUACUACAUAAGGCUAAGUCUGAUACCGUCGUAGCUGCGGUUGGCUCAUUCCCAUUCGAUGUCAUAACUAAGAGCUACCCUGCUCUCGAGCAACUCAUCUGGGUGGUCGAUGACGGAAGUAGGCACAUGGAUUGGAAUGAAGUACCAAAAGGAACCGGAGGCGCCGUCAAUGUAUCAACUUGGUCGGAAAUAAUCCAGGACCAGGAGCCGAGUACAGGAUCAGAAUUACCAGCCAUUGACAAGAGUUCCCAGCCCAAGAAGGUUUUGGCUUUCUGGCCAUCAGGAGAACUAACGGAGUUUACUCAUGCCAAUAUCAUUGCCGGAAUUGCAGGUCAACUAACUUCCGUUCCUACAACCCAACGUAUCACUCAUGCCGACCUUUUCCUUCCAGUUGACUCAUUCGCAACGAUAUAUCCUCUUAUCUUGACACUCUCCGCGCUCUACUCGAAUGCCUCCGUUGCGUUGAACUCGGUGGCUGGUGAUAGCCCUGACUUGGUGCUAGCAACUCAAGGCGUCGCUCCAACCAUCAUUGUAGCAUCAGCAGAUACGCUCGCCAAGACACACGCCGAAACAGCAGGCAAGUUGAAUACAUCUUUGUACAACAUCGUUCAUUGGUUCCAAACCAGAGCGUUGGUCCAAGAUGGUGUUAUGCCACUUGCAUCGAUGUUUUCUCGCAUGUACGAUUCUCUUCGCCCAGCUAUCGGAACUACUCCAGGCAAGCUACGGUUGAUCUAUGUCUCUGAACAGGCCGGUGUCAAAUCUACUCCCUUGAGCUCCCAGAUGUUAUCAGAUCUGCGGAUCUACACUGGAUCUCGCAUAAUAUACGCUCUCACAUCUGCAAAAGUCGCUGGAGCCGUGACACAAACCGGGAUGUAUGAUUAUCGCGUCGGAAGUGAUCCUGAGAUACAGUCGCAUCUUGGUGCUCCAGUUACCAGUAUAGAAUUAUUCUUUAGAGAUACUAAGCAGCACAAGACGACAGAUACAGCUUCUGCAGGAGAUGUAUUCGCGCGUGGUCCAGCUGUGGUUGGUGGAGAAGCACCAUUGGGCAUCAGUGGAAAAAUCAGAGAAGACUAUACUUUGGCCUUGUUGUAG